ACCGAAAAUGUACACGUGACAAAGAUCUUCACGGCUUCACCUCGCACAUAUUCCACAUCGACAGUGGACACUAGGAUCACACCCAGACACUUUUCUCAUGCCCAAAACUGCAACGGGAAGUGGGUAUUAUGCCGAAAUCAUGGAUGUAAUGGGAGUAGACGAGGAACGAGAAGUUGAUGAACUAUUGGAAGAUAGGACGGAAACAGUCACGGAUAACCCGGAGCUGAUGGCAAAACUUCACGAGGUCUGGCAAACGAUAUGGCCGCUUCAUGUCAUCGUGGAAUGGGUUGAAAGACAGCCUGCGUGUGCAGCGUGUGUGUCACAAUCACGCGAGUGCUACCCUUCAUCGCGGCAGGGUUCGUUGCGUUGUAUGCCAUGUGCACGUUCAAGGGCCAAACCAUGUCCACGAAAACGCCAAUUUCAGAUUGAAAAGUCGGCUGAAGUGCUUCAGCUGACGGUUGAACAGGUCGAGGGGCUCGUGCAGCAGGCGGACGCCUCUCCUUCAAAACUCCCAGUUUCCGGAAAGCUAUGGAGGAGUACCACCGAAAAAAACCUUCGUCGUAUAGCACGCAAGUCCACACCUAGACGUGCGCGAGCCAAGAAUAAUCAAGAACCAGGUCCCUCGCAAAUCAUUUCUGCCCCUGCCCCAAACCUCGAACCUCGUUCCCCGGCCCACCCUCCUACCGUUCAAAAUCCACCGCAACUACCCCAAAACGCUCCUACCGGCUUGACGAUCAAACUCCCACCUUUUGCCAGCCGAGGUGCAUACGAAAAAAGAACCCAUCUGGUGGAGUCCGAUCUAACACCUGAAACUCCUAUUCACCAUUCGCCUGUCAUUCCCCAAGGCUCUCAUGUCACCAUACAGGAUGUAUUACCUAACGAACAGACGCCCAGUAUUCUAUGGUCACCACCCGCCUCCGUAGCAGAGCGUCUGCCAUCACUUGAUGUGAAUGACCCACCCGUCAGAGAGGUUCAGCCUCAACCACCGGUGCCUCCAGAUGUUAAUCCUGUACCCACAGUCAUUACACUUGCUGGAAUCGAUGCUGGAAUCGAAGAGGAAUUCGAUGAGAUUCCAGUUGUUUUCGCAAGCGAAUUGGAUCACGCUGAAGAGGAGAUUGCACAACUUAAGUCCGCCUUGGAAGCACAGGAGAAGGAGGUCGCAAGGCUCCAACGUAACCUCAAACGACGAGACGAACAACUCGAGGACAUCCGCGAAGAACUUGACGAAGUUAUCCAUCUCCCUACUCCUCGCGCAACGCCAGCCUCAGAACAUGAAAAUAGUAUGCGAAAGUACACCGCUUGUCAGUAUGUCGCACGGACUCUGAGAGCCCUGCGCGUAGAUGCUGAGACGGAGGAGGAACGAGAGGCUCUGUUAUUAAAGGCAGAGCGCCAUAUUGGCAGGCUUGCUAAUGUGGAGAUGGAUGGUAUAUGGGAUCUCAAGGCCGAUGCAGACGCGCUCUUCAUGGGUCUUGUCAAUGGGUCUUCUGCGAGAGCUGCGAGGCACGCGCAAAGAGGAGCGACCAAUCCUAGUUCAGCCAAGAUUUCUGGGUCUGCAUCUACGAUUCCCCAGCAACGCCCGCCUAAACGGAGACGACAAGACUCGGAUUAGCUAUGAUAUUGCUAAUAUCAGUGCAAGAUCAAUCGUCCAGACCAUGUUUUGACGCGUGUACGAUGUUGUACGAUUGUCCACGCAUAAUUUACGCAUGUAAUAGCAGAUAUUUAGCUCGAGUGUUGUACGAAAGUGUUGUUCAGGUAGUUUGCUACGGUGGAGGUGUAUUGUUGCGUUACUGAUCUACGAACGAUCGAUAGUUGUAACUUGGAACGUUGACGUUGACGUUGAUCAUAUUUCAGAGCAAUUAG